GCAGUUGCUUUUGUUUUCCUAAGGUUCCAUCCGGAUCCGAACCGUUCAUUCUUAGUCAACAAAAUCAUAGGAAAUAACAGUUCAAAUAAACUCCGAAGUCACUAACCUCAAACCUUAAAACAGAAAUCAACAACUAAGACGAAAUGAGAUCUCAUGUUGUUCUAUUUGGAGAUUCAAUCACUGAACAAUCUUUUAAGCCUAAUGGAUGGGGUUCAGCUCUUGCCAACACCUACACUAGAAAGGUUGAUGUAGUAGUUCGUGGGUAUGGUGGAUAUAAGAGUAGGUGGGCAUUGUUCUUGUUGCAGACCCUUUUAGUGGGUUACACGAACCCUCCUGUAGCUGUCACAAUUUUCUUUGGUGCUAAUGAUGCAGCCCUUUUAGGAAGAACCAGUGAACGACAACAUGUGCCAGUGGAAGAGUACAAAGAGAACCUUAGAAAAAUUGUUCAUCAUUUCAAGGAACUUUCUCCUGCAAUGUUGGUGGUAAUAAUUAUUCCACCACCUAUCGAUGAGGAAGGGCGAAACGAGUAUGCACGGGAAUUGUCCGAAAGGACAAACGAAGUGACUGGAGUUUAUGCAAAACAGUGCAUUGAAUUAGCUAAGGAAUUGGGUGUUUACUCUAUCAAUCUAUGGUCCAAGAUGCAGGAAACCGAAGGAUGGCAAAAGAAAUUUCUAAGUUCUCAAGUUUUACGAAAUUGUACUUUCUUUUACGGUGAUGGAUUGCACUUGACAGCAGAAGGUAAUGCAAUAGUCCAUGAAGAAGUGGUGAGAGUUUUCAGUGAAGGAGGGUUAGAUGCUACACAAUUGGCAAGUGAUUACCCUCAUCACUCUGAAAUCGAUCCGAAGAACCUUGAGAAAUCUUUCCAAGAGAGAUCUUGCACAGCAGGUUUAUAACUAUUGUUUCCUUCUCUAUACUUUUUAGAAUUUUUCUUGACAAGACAUUUUAUCGAUUCUCCAGCACAGGUAUGGUGCAAUUGUAAUGUGACAUUUUCUGUGAAAGUAUUCUAUGCUAAAACUCUAUUUUUGGAUUUGA